UCAUAUUUUAAUAAAUAGUUUCAGUAAUUGAAAGUGCGUACAAAGAAAGCAGUGAAGUGAACAUCCUACCACGGGGUGCGGACUGUCCAUUCGGAAUCGGAGGCAGAUAUCAGCGAUGGCCACCGCCGGUAAACUCGUGUCGUCGUCGUCGGCACCCAAGCCUUUCGAUUUCUCCGACGAUUCAGUUCCUAAGAGAGUCGUUCUGUCGAGUGAUCAGCAGCGUUAUUGCUUGGAAGCACUCAAAGUCUUCAAGGACAAGAGGUUUUCUGCUCCCGAAAAAAUCCGCCAAGAGUUCAUGACGUUGCAGGCAACUAGGAUGAGAGCUUCAGAAAUGAAAAGUAGAUGCUCAAUGGCUUUGAACAGCGCAAACAUUAGCAAAAAUCGAUACACUGAUGUUCUGCCAUUUGACAAUAACAGGGUUGUUUUGGACCCACCAGCUAGAGGAUAUAUAAAUGCAAGCUUCAUUAAGAUAUCUGAAGACGUGUCUCAGUUUAUUGCAACACAAGGUCCUCUACAACACACUUUUGAAGACUUCUGGGAAAUGAUAAUCCAGCAUCGCUGUCCUGUGAUUGUGAUGCUUACACAAUUGUUUGACAACUACAAGAUUGUCAAGUGUGGGGAUUAUUUUCAGGCAGAUGGUGGUCCCAGAAGAUUUGGCAAUAUAGGUAUUGUUACGAAGUGGAUAAAGACGACUCAGACUUCAUUGAUUUUGCGAUGUCUGGAGGUGAACUAUAUUGAGUCAAAAGAACCACCUUUGUGUGUUUUACACAUUCAAUAUCCCGACUGGCCUGACCAUGGAGUUCCAAAGGACACUCUUGCUGUUCGUGAAAUACUGAAACAAACAUUUAGUGUCCCACCCAGUCUUGGACCAAUUGUGGUGCACUGCAGUGCAGGUAUUGGUAGGACUGGAACAUACUGUGCAAUCCAUAAUACCAUCCAAAGAAUAUUGGUUGGAGAUAAGUCUGCUCUAGAUCUCGUUAACACAAUAACCAUUUUUAGGUCUCAGCGAAUUGGGAUGGUUCAGACCAUGGAGCAAUACCUCUUUUGCUAUGAUGCCAUUAUCGAUGAGCUUGAAGACCUCAUUUCAGAUAGCCAAUGAAAAAGAGAGUUCAUAAUGCAACUGGUUCUUCCUUGCUGCAAUCAUGCUUCUGUCCUUGCUUACAAAUGAGAAGAAAUAGAACAAUAAUUUGUUCUGAAGCAGCAAAUCAGUUGGGUCCACUUGAGUUUCUUACUGUUCUUACCAUGUAGGAAUAAGCAUAAAACGUGCAAAAUAUCGUAUGUUGUAUUUCUGUUUGGAAGUAUAUAUGUUUUUAGAGAGGGAAAAAAAACUUAUUUAACACACUCUUAAUCGUACCCUGCUUAUUGUUGAUUCCAUGUAUGGCAAGUUGAUGAUGUUCAAGGUACCAGAAUUUAUUAGCUUUUACACCAA